GAAGAAAACUGAAAGUGUUUUAGAACUAACAAAAACAAAGAAAAAGACCAUUCAUGUGUCAUUAUUGACAGGUAUGACUUUCUCAAAGUUCUGCAUCAUCUUUACGGUGGUGAUAAUCCUAAUGGCUGACCAGUCUGAAGCAGGUGUGAACAUAAGUUUUUUCUCAACGGAAAAAUAUGCAAUAAUAGGUCAACGUUUUGUACUUACUGCCGUGUUGGGCAAUACACCUGAGGAAUUUAAUACUACAUUUUAUCACGAAAGCCAAUAUGCUAGGAUGCUCAUAAAUUCAUGGGGCUGUUAUGAAGACAGGAAGCUAUCCAAGAAAGGAUAUCGAGUUCGCUGUUACGAGAAUAAAUAUUAUUUCGUUAUGAACCAAGUGGGCCCCGGAGACGGUGGAUGGUGGAACUGUACGGUGCAAGAUCUUAGUGGAUUGGUUAUUGCCGCGGCAACUACCGAAGUGGUGGUAUAUGAGGCGAAUAUAUCCCUUUCCACGGAGUCUCCAGAACUUGUGUCACGCCAGACGCUGACACUGACCUGUGAACUGAACAUGGUGUCAGGUCUCAAGGCUGAAGUCCAGUUUUUGAAGAUCGCAAAUGAAUCUAGCAAUAUUGUCGGCUCGCUGUCCCAGGAUGUCAGCGAAUGUGCGUUAAUCGACGACACGGCCAAAGGCUACAGUACCAAGUGUGGGUCGGGCUCGAAUGACAUGAGCGAUAGAAAAAUAUACAUCAUGGGGAUAGACGAGGUAUCAUCUGCGGAUAGCGCCGAUUGGCUUUGUCAAGUGAAAAACAAGAAGACUGGCUACGCCCAAAAAAGCAACACGAUUACUGUGUCGGUAAACCAAACAGAUUGUGACGACUGCAUGCGUGGCCCCGGAUGUUCAGCAGAUUGCGAGGAUCAGUGGUAUGGACAGUAUUGUCAGUACAAGUGUAACUGUAAGAAUAAGGCUGAGGUGUGCCACAAGAAGACUGGGCAGUGUGUAUCAGGUUGUCCAGAACGAUGGAUUGGAUAUGCUUGUGAUGUCUGUGAGGAUUCUAGGUAUGGAGACCGUUGUGAAAAUAAGUGCCACUGCAGAAGUGAGAGUGAAGUUUGCCACAAGAAGACGGGGAAGUGUUUAACAGGUUGUCCAGAUGGAUGGAUUGGAGAUGGCUGUAAUAAAAAGUGUGACGACUACUGGUAUGGCUACAACUGCCAGAAACAGUGCCACUGUAAAGACGAGCCUUGCGACCGAGCCACAGGAAAAUGUGAAUUUGGAUGUGCCGAGAGAUGGGCUGGACGGUAUUGUGAUCGGUGCAUUUCGUUCCGGUAUGGACCUGAGUGUAACAGAACGUGCAAAUGUAGCGGGGGAUCUUGCCUCCAGAACACGGGAGAAUGCACACAAGGUUGCGACGCAAAUUGGAGUGGACGAUUUUGUGAUGAGUGUUUACCUUUCUGGUAUGGCAGUGACUGUGAAAAAAGGUGCCACUGUAAAAAAGGAGCUUGCAACAACGUGACAGGAGAAUGUACAUUGAGUUGUAAGCGUGGAUGGACUGGAGAGAACUGUGAUAUGUGUGACGAUUUCUUCUAUGGCAGAAACUGUGAACUCGACUGUCAUUGUAGAGACACAACUUGCAACAAUGUGACAGGUGACUGCCCGUCAGGCUGUAAACGAGGAUGGAGUGGAAGUGCUUGUGACCAUGCGGUUAGACAGGUUAAAGUAGAAGAUACGCCUGCACCUGCUAUGUCUGUAGGAGUGACUGCGUUAGUUGUAGUUGUCGCUGUAGUAGCUGUUGCUGUAAUUGGAGUUAUUUUGAGUGCGUUCUGGAAUCUUAAACGAAGGAAAGGACAUAGCGAUGACAAGGACACAUUGAAGAGAGAAUUUUAGCACAAUAGUUCAUCUGAGACAGGCUGUACACAUCACGCACACACAGUAUACUUCAUCUCAGUGUAUGCUAAAUGUAUCAUCACAUAGCAAUUGAAAUAAGUACUACUUUCGUCUGGAUUUAUGCAAUUUGCUUUCUUCUUUUUUUCUCUUUUUCUUUUUUUUGCUACAUUUUUUUUUUUUUAUUUGUUUUAGCAUUUCCCCCCCCCCUCAUAAUAUUGGCGGCCAUCUUAAAUUCAAGAUGGAGGCUAUUGUUAAACCACCCAGAGGUCACAUCUAAAUAUCUGUGUGACUUAGAUAUACAUCCCCUUCCUGUCACUGUAUGGUAUUAAAGUGAUGGUGUGAGCCUGAAAUGACCAUAUAAAGCAAAAUAGCAUGUGUAAAAAUUACUGUUAUGGUGAUAUGACGUUUUGGGAGAUAACAAUACACACAUUUUGAUGCAGUUUGUCCUGGCAUGUGAAAAUCUGCUCGGACCAGCAAAUUCUAUUCUUUCUUAAAACCAAAUAGGGUGUAUAAUGACCAGCACAGUAAUUGCCUCUGAUUUAAGUAUCCGCUUGUUUGUAACUGAAUUUUCAGUAAGUACAAGAUUAAAAAACAGGUGUACAAUUACUAUUUUACAUAAUCAUACUGAAUGUGAACAAUGAACCUGUUACAGCAAUCACAAAUUGUAUCUGUGUACAAGGAAGAGCGGAACAAUGAACCUGUUACAGCAAUCAACAAUUGUAUCUGUGUACAAGGAAGAGCCAAAGGGAUAAUACUGACAGGAGUUUUUUGUUGUUUUUUUAUUCAACCAUAAAACAUGUUCUCGUGUUGUGGAA